AGAAAUGUAGUUAAACUACUAGCGUCACUACUUGUAGCGACCCUACUGCCCAUCACUGUAUAUAUAUAUAUAUAUAUAUAUAUAUAAUAAAAUAAAAUAAAAAGUAAAAACCUUACUUGCGAUUAUACAACACUACAAGUUUGUCCCAUCAGUCUACAAACGUAUGCAGAGGAAGCUGUAGAACCAACAAAGAGGACAACUUACGCCGAAAGGACAUCGUUAAUAAAAACAGUGUCAUCAGUCAUGGAGGGUCUCUCUCGUGCUAACAGUCUCUUCGCUCUGGAUCUCUAUCGGACUCUGAGCGCGAGAAACGCUGAAGAAAACAUGUUCUUCUCUCCUCUGAGCAUCAGCGCAGCGUUCAGCAUGGUCUACUUGGGAGCAAGAGGAGAGACAUCUGACGAAAUGGCAAAGGUUUUGUCCUUUAGUUCUGUUUCUGAUGUUCACUCUCAUUUCGAGACCCUCACCUCAACUAUCAACAGACCAUCAGCCUCCUACAUCCUCAAACUGGCCAACCGCCUCUAUGGAGAGAAAACCUUCAGCUUCUUACCUGAGUAUUUGGACUCCACUCUGAAGCUGUACCACGCUGACCUUCAGGCUGUGGACUUCAUUGGAGCAUCUGACGAGUCACGACAGCUCAUUAACAAAUGGGUGGAAGAGCAGACAGAGAAUAAAAUCAAAGAUCUUCUCAAGCCAGGAAUGGUGACUGGAAUGACUCGACUAGUUCUGGUUAAUGCCAUCUACUUCAAAGGGAACUGGAUGCACACAUUUAAAGCAAGAGAAACUAAAGAAAUGCCAUUUAAAAUAAACCAGAAUGAGAGCCGGCCUGUGCAAAUGAUGUACCAGAAUAAAAAGUUGCCCUUCAGAUACAUCCCAGAGUAUGAACUUCAGGUGCUGGAGUUGCCAUAUAAACAGGAGGAGCUCAGCAUGUUGAUCCUUCUUCCGGACGAAACUCAGGAUGGCUCUGACCCUCUUCUGAAACUGGAGAGUGAGUUGACCCUUGACAAGCUGCUUGACUGGACCAGAAGAGACAAAAUGGCGACACAGAUGGAUAUCAGAGUCCAUUUCCCAAAGUUCAAGCUGGAGGUUGAGAGCUCUCUAUCAGAAAUACUGCAAGAGAUGGGUAUGAGCUCUGUGUUCCAGGAAACAAAGGCUGAUCUGACAGGCAUGAGCAGUCAGGAUGGUCUCUCCAUUUCAGCAGUGAUCCACAAAGCGUUUGUUGAGGUGAAUGAGAAAGGCACUGAGGCAGCAGCAGCCACUGCAAUCUGUGUGCGUGCCUGUUCCCUUCAACUACAAUUUCAGAGUUUCACAGCAGAUCACCCCUUCAUGUUCUUCAUCAGGCACAACCCCAGUAACAGCAUCCUCUUCCUUGGCAGAUUCAGAGGUCCAUUCUAGAAAUGUCCACCUAACUGAAGAAUUGUGUUUUUCUGUGAAUGUUUUAUCAAAUAAAUAAACUACACAAUAUGCA